AUGUCGCCUCAGAGGUCUCCAGCUCCCAAUCCGCAGGCACUGGGCAGCUUCUUCAACGAUGUCGCUCAAGUCAUCGGAGAAGCCAACGUCUCGCGUACUCCUCAGGCUGGUGCGCUUGAAGAUCCCCAGGGUCGGACCGCAUAUGGCGAUCCGUUCUCAACGGCUGGUACUCAUACUCCCAGCGGUGCCGUUCGACCAGGGACCGUCGAAGAGGUCCAGGAGGUCGUGAAGCUUGCAAACAAGCACAAGGUCUCGUUGUGGACUGUGUCGCGCGGAAAAAACCUGGGAUACGGUGGAUCUAGCUCCGUCGUCAAAGGAUGCGUGGUUCUUGACCUGCACCGAAUGAACAAGAUUGUCGAGGUCAAUGAGGAAUACGGAUACGCAAUAGUCGAGCCCGGUGUGUCCUUCUUCGACCUCUAUGAGGAAAUCCAACGCCGCGGCCUGAACCUCUGGCCAUCGGUGCCGGCCAUCGGAUGGGGAUCUGUGUUGGGAAAUACCAUGGACCGCGGAUUUGGAUACACACCCAACGGAGAGCACUCGCAGUCUCAGUGCGGCAUGGAAGUUGUUCUUCCCAAUGGCGAAGUACUUCGCACUGGUAUGGGAGCUAUGAAGGAUAACAAGACUUGGGCGCUAUACAAGGGAGGCUUUGGACCUACCCUUGACGGUCUAUUCUACCAAUCCAACCUGGGUAUCGUCACCAAAAUCGGCAUGCACAUCACUCCCGCCCCGGAAGCCUACGCCACCGUCGAAGUCAGCGUCCCCAAAGAAGCAGACCUCGUCCCCCUCAUCGGCGCCCUCUCAGACCUCAUGCGCCGCUCCAUCAUCCUCAACUCCCCCUCCAUCGCCAACAUCUUCCGCAUCGCGCUCACCUCCAAAGUCCCCGAAGUACACGCCGUCCUCGCCGAAUACAUGAAACCCAACUCCUACGUCCCCUACAACAUCCUCGAGAAGAUCCGCGCCGAACAAGACUGGGGAUUCUGGCGAGCCUACUUCUCCCUCUACGGCUCAGUGGAGAUGCUCCCGGCGCUCCUCAAAACCGUCCAGCGCGCCUUCUCCAGCAUCCCAGGCGCGAAGGUCGAAUGGCGCGAGUUCCCCGGCGUCCCAGGCCGCAGCAUCACCACCGCCGAAAUCAAAGAAGAGGAAAUCCCACACAGUGGCAUCCCCACUCUCGCCCCGCUGGGCAUCAUCGACAGCCGAUCCGAGAAGGGCGGCGCACACCGUACGAUCGAUGCCAAGUUCGACUUCUUCGCUGAUUUCCAUGUCUACCCCCGCUACGUGGUCGGUAUUGAGUUGAUUAUCUAUACGAUUCGGGAGGAGGCUCGUGUCAACGAGCUUUGCAAGAACCUCCUGCAUGAUGGUGCGAAGCUUGGGUAUAUGGAGUACCGUACUCAUGUGCGUUAUAUGGACCAGAUUGCGGGCAAGCUGGACUUCAAUGACUUUGCGUUUAACAAGUUUACUACACUUCUGAAGGAUGUGCUCGAUCCGAAUGGAGUGCUUUCUCCUGGUAAGUCUGGGAUUUGGAAUGGGGGCGCUUCGCUGUUGAAGCCCAGUGCGCAGAUUUGA